CGAACCCUAACAUUUGCGAGCGCCGCUGCUGCUCCUUCUCUUUCUCCUUCUUUUCCACACUAUUUAUCUUCCACUGCAGUCCCCAUUUUAUUGUGUUAAUUUGGCUGAAGAAAAUAUAUUCUCUUCCUACAAUAAUAUUGUCGUGUUCUUCCUUAGAGUUACGAAAUCAAUUACAAAAUCGAAAUCGCUGUGACGACUCGGAAAAUUCAAGCUCAACAGACCGGAUUGCAGACUACACUACACAAUCACGAAUCACCGUUCAGUUGAUCAGAAUCUAGCUGCAAAUCUCUGUCAACCCACAACCAUGUCGGAUCACAAGGUCACUAUAAUCGACGGCAAAGCAGUCGCCCAAACAAUCCGAUCGGAGAUCGCCGCCGAAGUCUGCCGCCUCUCCGAAACGUACGGCAAGGUUCCUGGUCUAGCUGUUGUGAUUGUGGGGCAAAGGAAGGAUUCACAGAGCUAUGUGAAUAUGAAAAGGAAAGCUUGUGCAGAAGUUGGAAUCAAGUCGAUUGAUUUGGACCUACCAGAGAAUGUAUCCGAAUCUGAAUUGAUUAGCAAAGUUCAUGAACUGAAUGUAAAUCCUGAUGUUCAUGGUAUACUGGUUCAGCUCCCGUUGCCUAAACAUAUAAACGAAGAGAAAAUUUUAACUGAGAUAUCUCUGGGAAAGGAUGUGGAUGGAUUUCACCCUCUGAACAUUGGUAAAUUAGCAAUGAAAGGCAGAGAUCCUCUGUUUGUCCCGUGCACCCCAAAGGGUUGCAUCGAGCUUCUAACCCGCCAUGGCAUUACUAUUAAGGGAAAGAAUGCUGUUGUGGUAGGUCGGAGUAACAUAGUUGGUUUGCCGGUUUCCCUACUCCUCCUAAAGGAAGAUGCUACCGUCACUAUAGUCCAUUCUCGUACCAAAGAACCCGAGAGCAUUGUUCGAAAUGCUGACAUUAUCAUCGCUGCUGCAGGACAAGCAGCAAUGAUCAAGGGCAGUUGGAUCAAACCCGGUGCUGCAGUAAUCGAUGUGGGAACCAAUGCUGUGGAUGAUCCUAGUAAGAAAUCUGGUUAUCGGCUUGUUGGGGAUGUAGAUUUUCAAGAAGCAUGUAAGACGGCCGGAUGCAUCACUAAGGUUCCCGGUGGUGUCGGGCCGAUGACAGUUGCCAUGUUGCUAAAGAACACUUUGGAUGGAGCUAAGAGAGUAAUAGAGGGUUAGUGUCUCAUUUGCCGAGCAUUAAUAAAAUAUUUUGCGAUGUUAUACUGGGUGGAUUUCGUAGGUGUGGUAUCCCUUGUUAAAAUAAAGGGUGUGCGUAAACGGAGUGUGGGUAUUGUACACUAUAUAUUUCAUCGGGUGUAGCAUCUAAGACAUGUUUAGUUAUCUUUUUGCAUUUCUUCAAACUUUUGUGAUGUGCAUUGUAUUGUAUGGUAUCCUUGUUUAAGGCCUAAUAUAUUUUCUUCAAUAUUUAAUGUCCCACAAAAACGCUUA